UUACACUUCUCAAAAUUCUCACGCUCUCCUCUUUCUCUUCCAAAACGGUUUCUCCUCUUCUUUCAAAACCGACACAUUCUCUUCACUCACCAUUCUCUUCAAUGCACGGUUACAUUACAUUGACUGUUUGUCUUCCCAUUUUCAAAACGAUUCAAUCUAUCUUCAAUUACCAUUCUCUUCAUCUCCAUUCAACUUUCGCAACCGCCCACAUCCACCUCUGCCUACUCCGCUCUAGAUCGAAACCUGCGUCGCCUGCAACUGCUGAUUUUGCCGUCGUAUCCCCAACACCGACGACUACACCACCGCCGCGCAUCUACGAUUGAAACAUGGUAUGUCGAUAUUGGCUUUUGGUUCCUGAUGGAAAUAGAUAGAAAGAUGUGAUAAAGGGCUUUUUCAGGGCUUAAUUAGAGGCUAAAAUCAGAAACAAAUGGAGGAUAGCAACAGACCGAAUUCCCAUCACAAGGGUCUCCGACCAAAAUCACCUAAGGGUCUUCGAACCGGUUAAAUCAGCACUGCUGAUAAAAAGAUAAGUGUAUUUACUUACAACUGGUACCAUUACAUCAAUUCUAUUAUGUAAUUGUUAAAACUGUUCUUUCAUAAACUUAAUGAAUCUCUGUCUUGAUGUAAAUUCAGUGGUAAAUCAAAGAAUGUUAAUCUGAUUGCCCCACUCCGAAGCCAACGUUCAAUUCAUCCAAUAGAAGAAUCAACAUAAUUCAGCAGUGAAGUCACAAUUGAUGUUGCAAUUGAAUACAAAUUUUGAUUUGGCAAUGUUUAAUGGAGAAAUCCUAUGUCAGGCUCACAGUCUCCAACUUGAGGCCUUUUCAGUUUCCAUUAAGAGAUUAGAUCCCGGCUUGCCGAAACCUAAGCUCCAGUUUGUCAGCAGCUGUAGAAAUAAAUCAGAUGAAGAUAGACUACAAAUCUUAAAAGAGAAAUCAAUUGAGCUGAAUGUGAAUGAACAAGUGGAAUUCCACAAGAAUGUAACAUACAGGGCGGAACUGAGUCAUACAACUGUUGUACCGAAUGAUCCCGGGGCUGAACAUAGUCAUACAAAUGUUGUACCGAAUGAUGCAGGGGCAAAACUGAAUCCUACAGCUGAUAUACCGAAUAUUGUAGGUGCUGGCUGAAAGCAUAUUAGGGGUGAGAACUCUAAUGUCGAUAAU